AUGGUACCGCCCGAAUCCGCAAAUUCACAGACCACUGUGAAGGACGAGGUCAUCGUCAUCGAGAAGCGAAAGCAACCUGUGUGGUUGGUCCCGGUCCUCAUCGUAUCGUUGGUUACCCUGGGCACGACCAAUUCUAUCACUGGGAAGAUCCGUGCUGAGACUCUGGGUGAGUACUCUGGUUUGGUCACCAACAUCAUUGGUCAAGUUGUCUACUGCCUUUCGUAUUGGUCGAUUUUUGCGGCGGAGUGGUUCAGUGGGAGAGUCAGUCGUGAGGAAUUCGAGUGGGUUUGGAAAUUCCAAGAUGAUACUACUGCUACCGGUGUGAAGGGAUUAUGGCGUCGUUUGCCUGGUUGUAAAUACACAUUUCUGGCAUCUUUUACUGAGGUUCUUGGGGACAACUUGAUGUACUUGUCACAAGCUUACAUUUCCAUCGUCGUGUUCAGCCUGUUGCAACAGGGUAUGGUCCCUUUCACUCUACUAUGGUCACUCAUUUUCCUCGCAGUCCGUUACAUUUUGGAGGAGUUAUUCGGAGUGGCGAUAGUUGUUGGCAUGGCCGUAGGGUCCGCAGUGGUUGCGGGUUUCGACGGUGGUUCUACUAGUAUUGGCAUGUCCAUUGUGUGUCUGAUGUCUACGAUGUUUCAAGCAUUGGCGUUUGUUAUCAAGGAGAAAAUGUUCCGAAACUACACUGAGUACGCUAUCCAAAAAGGAUACAAGAAUACCACCCUGGACGUCUUUGCUUUGAGUAGCUCCAACCACACAUUCGGUGUCCUCUGGGUUGUCCCUAUAGCGAUCGUUGUUGAGAUGAUACGCACUGGUGAAGACCCUGGGAAACGACUCAGUGAUGGUUUCCACGCUCUCGCGACCAACUCGUAUGCUCCUGAGGCGUUUACUAUUUAUAUGGUUAUUAACGUCUUGUUUAAUAUCUCCAUAUACUUGCUGGUGUCGUAUGGUUCUAGUUUGCUUACUUUCAUAUCGUAUAAGCUCACCGUGCCGUUGACGGCAAUUUUCUCUCUGAUAAGUUGGCCCAUCAUUGGAGCUACUAAGGUGACUUGGUUCGAAUGGAUGGCAUUGGUCCUCAUUCUGAUGGGAAUUAUCAUAUUCCGUCAUGGCAAUAUUAAACGAGAACAACUUGAGGAAGAAAAUAGAAAUCUCUAUGGUAACGAGUACCUCUACUACAAGGAUCCGAUGAGAGAGGCCGUUUCAUUCGUCCUCUUACAAGAGUUAUGCGAGCGCUUAGCCUUCUAUGGCCUCACACCGAACCUGCAGACCUUCCUCAAGGAGUAUUUAGGCUAUACUGACUCCACAGCAAACUCCUACAUAUCGUCAUUCAACUCUAUCUUGUACGUGACGCCUCUGAUCUCAGCUGUGCUCUCGGACACCCUUCUUGGUCUGUACUAUACAAUAGUCAUAUUCUCAUUCGUGUAUAUGGCUGGUCUGGCUCUGUUGACGGUCUCCUCUGUGAAGUCUAUCAGUCAGGCCUGGAUGGUCCAUCUAUCUCUACUCGUUCUGAUCGCCUCUGGCGCUGGUGGUAUCAAGAGCUGUGUCAACGUCAUGGGCGCUCAGCAGUUUCACCCCGAGCACCACAGAGAGCUCAUAACGCGAUUCUACACCUACUUCUAUGCUGCUAUCAAUCUCGGUUCGAUAAUCGGUGGAAUUGUCACUCCCAUUCUGCUGGAGGAGGCUGGGUUCACCGCGAGCUUUGCGUUCCCUCUGGCAUUCUUUAUACUGGCGACGACGCUUUUCAUCGUUGGUAAUCUCAUGGACCGUUAUGUGAAACCAAAACCACAAGGCUCGGCGGUUCUGCAAAUCUUGAAGGUUGUGAUUUACUUGGUGUUUCGAUGCUCACUGGAGAAAAAUAAGGUCUCCCGCGGAGGGAAAUUUGAGGACAAUUUCAUUGACGAUGCGAAAGCUGUAUUCAUGUUAUUACCAAUGUUCAUCUUGAUCAUACCGUUCUGUAUGGCUUACAACAAUAUGACCACCGCUUUCCUCACCCAGGCUAAGAAAAUGAAUCGCGAUACGUUCGGUUGGAACAUGCCCCCCGCGAUGAUUCAAAACGUGGAUCCUAUAGCUGUUGUUAUCAGCUCGUUUGUGAUCGAUUCUCUGCUAUUUCCUUUUCUAAGGAAACACAAAGUCAUGCCCGAGCCGUUGGUGAGGUUUUCUAUAGGCUCGCUCUUCGGCGCUAUUGCCCUCGGCUGUGCUCUAGUGGUUGAAUAUGAGAUCAAAUCGAAACCCUUAUUCACGGUAUCAGUGUGGUAUCAGGUUCCGCAGUUCUGGAUGAUCGCUCUUGGUGAAAUAUUCCUCAUGUCAACUUCUUACGAAGUGGCCUUUACGUAUUCCCCGGUUUCACUUAAAGCAGUUGCCUCAGCAUUCAACUUGUGCUUCUUUGCUAUUGCCAGUGCUCUUUCUGCGGUGCUGUUCUCAUUGUGUCAAUCGUGGUUGCCGGAUUUCGAUGCAACAAAACCUACAGAUGGUUCGCAUAAAGAUGCCCAUUAUGACUACUAUUACUAUCUACUUAUUGGUCUCUGUCUAUUGGGCUCGAUAGCGGCUCUAUUGAGCGUUCCUUAUUUCAAUAAGGUUAAGAAGAUAAGCGCCCAACGACAAACCGCGGUAGAUAGACGUUCGAGACCUUCGUCCUCAUCGAGUUUCGGGGAGUCUGUUGGUGCCACGGAAGGAGCUCUACGAAGAAGGUCGGUAGCGUCAAUGGCUUGA